AUGUCGACAGGGGAGCGCGCUACAAGUCAACGGAACCCUGACCCUCGGUCGGAGUUUCAUGGACAGGGGAUUUCACACUCAGGCUCUGGAAACCUCAACAUAGGCAGAGAUCUUAAUAUCAUCUCUCAUGACCGCUCUGAGCAGGACACCAAAUUCCUGGCCGACCUGCGGUCCACCGACCCGCGUGACGACAAGACGCGUAUUGAACGCACGAAAGGCGGCCUCCUACGAGACUCAUACUACUGGAUCCUUGAACAUGCCGACUUUCAGCAAUGGCAAAAAUCCGACCAGAGCCGGUUGCUCUGGAUCAAGGGCGACCCAGGCAAAGGCAAGACGAUGUUACUCUGCGGCAUUAUCGACGAGUUAGAGAAGCAGCCCGCAGAUACUCGAAUUUUGUCCUACUUCUUCUGCCAAGCGACUGACCUGCGCCUAAAUAAUGCGACAGCCGUCCUCCGCGGCCUUAUCUAUAUGCUUCUCGAUCAACAAACAUGCCUAAUCGAGCGCUUACGCAAGAAGUACGACCAUGCGGGCAGACAGCUGUUUGAAGAUGUCAACAGCUGGGACGUCUUGUCCAAGAUGCUCAUAAGCAUAUUGCAAGACCCAUGCCUGCAAGAUACCGAUAUCUAUCUACUCAUUGACGCACUUGACGAGUGCGAGACGAACCUUGACCAGCUUCUACACCUGAUUGUCCAAAUAUCUUCUUCAUCCCGCUCAAAAUUGAUUGUGUCCAGCCGUAACUGGCCCAACAUCGAAAACGCCCUGGCUGAUGCCACGCAGAAGAUCCGACUCUCACUGGAGCUGAAUCAACAGUCGAUAUCAGCCGCCGUCGGCAGAUACAUCCAGUAUAAGGUGAAUCAGCUAGUGCGGUGGAAGCAUUACGACGACAAAACACGGAACACUGUCCUGCAACACUUGGUGUCUAACGCAAACGAUACUUUCCUUUGGGUAGCAUUAAUGGCAUACGCGCGGAUGAUGGACCGCAUUUUCAAGUAUAACUCAGUCGAUGCAGAUCUUUGCAGACAGGUGCUUAGUCGCGUGUCGGUGGUGUACCGGCCACUCAGCUUAGUAGAGCUUACGUCUCUUAUCGAGCCACCAGAGGAUUUCCCUAAUGAUGUCGAAUCGUUACAGACGAUUAUCGGACUUUGUGGGUCUCUGCUGACUCUUCGGGAGGGAUGCAUCUACUUUGUCCAUCAGUCGGCAAAGGAUUUCUUAAUGAAGAAGGAAUCGAAUAGGAUCUACCCACAUGGUAUAUUUGAAGAAAACCGCACUAUUGUCGCCAGAUCACUUCAAGUCAUGUCAACAACGCUCCGACGUGAUAUAUAUCAGCUACGCGCGCCAGGGUAUUCUGUCAACCAAGUCAAGCCACCAAAUCCUGAUCCGCUAGCGCCGGUCCGGUAUUCCUGUUUCUACUGGGUUCAUCAUCUAACAGACAGUAACUCCACCGCACAGAAACGCGACCAAAAUCUCCAGGAUCGUGGACCGGUUUAUUUGUUUUUAACAGAGCACUACCUGCAUCUCUUAGAGGCACUGAGUCUUCUUGGAAACAUAUCAGAGGGCGUCCUCCAAUUCGCUAAGCUAGCACAUCUAGCCCAGCUAGCUUGGGAUGGGCUGCGGUUUAUUCGGACCCAUAGAGCAAGCAUAGAGAACAGUCCUCUUCAGACGUAUGCUUCAGCGCUCAUCUUUAGCCCAAUGCAAAGCAUCAUAAGAAAUAUGUUCUGUGGUGAGGAACCUAAAUGGAUAGUCUCGAUGCCGGCUAUGGAAGACGAGUGGGAUUUAUGCCUACAGACACUUGAGGGCCACAGUCAAGGUGUUAAUUCUGUGGCGUUUUUACGCAAUGGUACGCAGAUAGCUUCAGCUUCGAGCGACAGCACCAUUAAAGUCUGGGAUAGCACAACGGGACAGUGCCUCCAGACGCUCAAGGGCCGUAGCAGCGCCGUUAACUCAGUUGCUUUCUCGGGCGAUGGAACGCAGCUAGCGUCAGCAUCGGUUGAUAAGACCAUCAAAGUCUGGGACAUUGCAACAGGCCAGUGUUUCCAGACGCUUAUGGGCCACAGCCAGGUCGUUAAUUCAGCAGAAUUCUCAGGCAAUAGGAUGCUACUAGCAUCAACGUCGGUCGACAAGACCGUUAAGGUCUGGGACAUCGCAACAGGACAAUGUCUCCAGACGCUUAGGGGCCAUAGCAGCGUCGUUAACUCAGUUGCUUUCUCAGGCGAUGGAACGCAGAUAGCGUCAGCAUCAAGCGAUAAGACCAUCAAAGUCUGGGACAGCGUAACAGGACACUGUAUUCAGACGCUUGAGGGCCAUAGUCAGGUCGUUGGGUCAGUAGCCUUCUCAAGCGAUAGUGUGUUACUAGCAUCAGCGUCAGCUGAUGAGACUGUUAAGGUCUGGGACAGCGCAACAGGGCAAUGUCUCCAGACGCUUAAUGGUCAUAACGACAUGGUCUGGUCAGUAGCCUUCUCAGGCAAUGGUACAUUACUAGCAUCAGCGUCAGCUGAUACGACCGUUAAGGUCUGGGACAGCGCAACAGGACAGUGUCUCCAGACGCUUAGGGGCCAUCGGAGCAACGUCUGGUCAGUAGCCUUCCUAGAUGAUAGCACACUACUAGCAUCAGCGUCAGCCGAUGAAACUAUUAAAGUCUGGGACAGCGUAACAGGCCAGUGCCUCCAUACGCUUGAAGGCCACAGUGACAGCGUCAGGUUGAUGGCCUUCUCAUGCGAUAGUACGCUGCUAGCAUCAGCGUCAUAUGACGAAACCAUUAAGAUCUGGGACACUAAGACAGGCUGGUGUCUCCAAAAUUUUAAUGUAGAUCCAGGGCUGAAGUAUAUUUACAUUUCAGAAGACGGACGGCAACUCCAUACGGAUAUGGGCGCUGUUGACCUAGAAACAGUAACUAGUAUAAGUGCUGCAACGCAUCCACCAGUAGCUACUGCGAUUGAAAAGCGUCGCUUAUACGAUUAUGGAUUCUGUACCAACGUAUGGAUUACGAGACACUCUGAAAACUUGCUGUGGCUGCCGCCAGAAUACCGGCCAGGAAUAUCGAUUGUGGUAGGGCCUGCGGUCGCUAUCGGCUGUGAAUCAGGCCGGGUUUUGCUUUUUAGAUUCUCGGAUAGCGAGAUCAUAGUCUGA